AUGAUGUCAGCAAGAGAUAGAGGAACCAUGUCUGGGAGAUCAAGGGUCCUCAGCUCUGGGUUUGAUGAAAACUUAUGGGACUUUGAUGAUAUUGACACUAUUGUAAAAGCCAUGGAAUUAUUAGGUGAUGGAAAUGAUACCAAGGUUGUCAAGUCAAUACCAUCAGAUGAGAUAAAUGAUGUUGCUGACAAUGCUGAUGUUAGUUUAGAAGUAAUAGAUGAAAAAAAUAACUUAUCUGCGGCAAGCAUAUUCGCUAAAUUACCUAUUCUAACCAAUACACCGUUGAUCAAAUUUAAUGAGACUAGCGAUAAUCAAUCAAGUCCAAGUGAUUUUGAUGAUAUUGUUACAAGAAUUCAAAAAUUAGGAGAUGAUGAUAUAAAUAAUUUUCCUGUCAUAAAAAAAGGAUUUUAUUCCUCUCCUUGGAAAAAUAAUGAUAAUAAUGACAGAUCUAUUGAUUCAGCGACACUUGCAACAAACUAUAAUAUCAACAUUAGAAGUAACGAACGUAAAAUAUCACCAGCAUACAGCACAAAUUCAGAGUUCUCAGGAAAUCUGCGUUCAGAGACUCCUUGUUCGGUGGUAUCAGCUGACGUCGUAGAUCAUCAUCAUCAACCUCAUCACCAAAAAAAAUUGGAGCCACCUUUACAACUACCCACUCAAACUCAAAAGUUAGGUGCCCUUUCUAAGAGAAAAUAUAAGCUAAUCAACUUCACCGAAAGUGGGGGCGAUAUAUUACUGCCGAAACCUGAACUAGAAACAAUUCCGGUUAGUGGAAAGGAUUUGGAUUCGAAGGGUCAGACAAAGAAUGAAGUAGUGUUAGGGAAUCCAAAAAUAGAAAUUAACCAAUCACUCAAGUUACGUUCAAGGCCUAAACCCCCUCCAAGUUUUCAACUGCAUGUGAAUAAUCCUGAUAUUAAAGACCCCUGA